GAAACAGCACAUAGUAAAUUAGAGGAAGAUAGCUUUCUAUAUCGCCAUUUAACCAAGGUAAAUCUCUCAAAUGUAAUUCAAUUAAAAAAAAAAGAAAAAAAAAAGAGCCAUAGCAUUCAUGAGAAGUACAGAAAGUAGUCUAUUCUGUCAGUAAAUAUGGAUUAAACCAAGGGCAUUUCAGUAUCCAAGUCUCAUAAAAAAGAAGACUCAGAGAAAUUUGGGAGACUGGAUGUGCUAUAAUUAAAUGAGAUAGCACAGUAGCAGAGAGUACCAAACUCAUGAUGUCAAGCAAUGCAAUCACUAUUUUUCUUUUGUUUCUCAACAUCUCUCUUUUUCCAGCCAUCUCUGCAUUGAACCAAGAAGGUCACUCUCUACUUUCAUGGCUUUCAACCUUCAAUUCUUCUUUUUCAUCUACUUUUUUCUCUUCAUGGGAUCCAAGCCACCAAAAUCCAUGCAAAUGGAAGUAUGUCAAGUGUUCUAGUAGUGGGUUUGUGACAGAAAUAACAAUCACCUCCAUCAAACUUCCUACCAGCUUCCCCACCCAGCUCCUCUCCUUUGACCAUCUCACUACUCUUAUCCUUUCCCAUGGGAACCUCACGGGAGAAAUUCCUCCUUCCAUAGGAAACCUAUCCUCACUGAUCACCCUGGACCUCAGUUUCAAUGCUUUAUCAGGAAAUAUCCCAGUAGAAAUUGGGAAACUAUCUCAAUUGCAGUCACUUUCACUGAAUUCAAAUUUGCUACAUGGUAAGAUUCCAGGAGAAAUAGGAAACUGUUCAUGGCUUAGACAGCUUGAACUGUUUGAUAACCAGCUCUCUGGAAAGCUUCCUGAAGAAAUAGGCCAGUUGGUAGCUCUGGAGACCUUUCGUGCUGGUGGGAACCAAGGAAUUCGUGGUGAAAUACCAAUGCAGAUAUCAAACUGCAAAGGGCUACUCUAUUUGGGUCUUGCAGACACUGAGAUUUCAGGACAGAUUCCAAGUAGUUUAGGGGAACUGAAGCAUCUCAGGACUCUUUCAGUUUAUACAGCUAAUCUGACUGGUAAAAUCCCACCAGAAAUUGGUAAUUGCUCAGCGUUAGAAGAUCUCUUUCUGUAUGAAAACCAACUCACAGGCAACAUUCCUGAAGAAUUGGCUUCAUUACAAAAUCUCAAGAGGCUGUUGUUGUGGCAGAACAAUCUAACAGGGAGCAUUCCAGGAGCUCUGGGAAACUGCUCAGAUUUGAAAAUGAUUGAUCUCUCUAUGAAUUCUCUAACUGGCGUGGUUCCUUUGUCUCUUGUCGAGAUAGUAGCAUUGAAGGAGCUUCUUUUGUCAUAUAAUUACAUUUCAGGAGAAAUCCCACCUAUUAUUGGGAACUUUUCUGCUCUGAAGCAGCUUGAACUGGAUAAUAACAGAUUCUCUGGUGAGAUUCCAGCUGCCAUUGGGCAACUAAAGGAGCUUUCGUUGUUCUAUGCCUGGCAGAACCAGCUCCAUGGAAGCAUACCUUCUGAGAUAGGCAACUGUGAGAAACUUCAAGCAUUGGAUCUUUCUCACAACAUCCUCACUGGGUCAGUUCCACAUUCUCUAUUUCAUCUCAAGUACCUAACCCAAUUACUGCUGUUAUCAAAUGGACUUUCAGGUGAAAUUCCAUCUGAUAUUAGCAAUUGCAUUGGUUUGAUCCGUUUGCGUCUAGGAUCAAACAAUUUUACUGGUCAAAUUCCACGAGAAAUAGGGUUCCUACGUAACUUGAGCUUCCUCGAAUUGUCUGAUAAUCAAUUUACUGGAUAUAUUCCUCAUGAAAUUGGAAAUUGCACUCAGCUACAAAUGGCUGAUUUGCAUGGCAAUAGGCUCGAAGGUAGCAUUCCGACAACUCUUGAAUUCCUUGUCAAUCUAAAUGUUUUAGACCUUUCAAUGAACAGCAUAUCAGGCACCAUCCCUGAAAAUUUAGGCAAGCUUACAUCCUUAAACAAACUGGUAAUCAGUGAAAACCACAUCAAUGGUUUGGUUCCCACGUCACUUGGCCUCUGUAGGGAUCUGCAGUUUUUAGAUAUGAGCAGCAACAGACUCACUGGUUCAAUCCCAGAUGAGAUUGGUCACUUGCAGGGAUUAGACAUCCUCUUGAAUUUGAGUAGGAAUUCUCUAACAGGUCCAAUUCCAGAAAGCUUUGGAAACCUCUCAAAACUUGCCAACUUAGAUGUCUCUCACAACAUGCUCACGGGAACACUCACAGUACUGGGUAGUCUUAACAAUCUCGUCUCUCUGGAUGUCUCAUACAACAAAUUUUCGGGUUUCCUUCCUGAUACUAAGUUCUUCCAUGAUCUCCCCACCACUGCAUAUGCCGGUAAUCCAGAGCUCUGCAUUAACAUAAACAACUGCCCCUUAGGCGGAAAUCACCGUGGAAACAAUACCAGAAAUCUCAUCAUGUGUACUCUUCUCAGUUUAACAGCAAUUUUGUUGGUUGUGCUUGUGGGAGUGCUUCUAUUUAUCAGAAAUCACCGAGCUGCAUUUGCAAGGAAAGAUGAAGAGAACAUAUUGGAAUGGGAUUUCACCCCAUUUCAAAAGCUUAACUUCUCUGUCAGUGAUAUAGUAACCAGGCUCUCGGAUUCAAAUGUCAUCGGAAAAGGUUGUUCAGGGAUGGUUUAUCGUGUUGAGACUCCACUGAAACAGGUUAUCGCGGUGAAAAAGCUAUGGCCAGUGAAGAAUGGUGAAUUUCCAGAAAGGGACUGGUUUUCUGCAGAAGUUAGAACUCUUGGAUCAAUAAGACAUAAAAAUAUAGUGAGGCUUCUGGGAUGUUGUAACAAUGGAAAAACAAGAUUGCUUUUGUUUGACUAUAUCAGCAAUGGAAGUUUGGCUGGACUACUCCAUGAGAAGAAUCUGUUCUUGGAUUGGGAUGCAAGAUACAAGAUCAUUCUAGGAGCAGCUCAUGGCCUGGCCUAUCUUCAUCAUGAUUGUACCCCUCCAAUAGUACAUCGUGAUAUCAAAGCAAAUAAUAUCUUGGUAGGGCCACAGUUUGAAGCCUUUCUAGCAGAUUUUGGACUUGCCAAGCUUGUUGAUUCUGCAGAAUGUUCAAUAGCUUCUAACACAGUUGCCGGUUCUUAUGGAUACAUUGCUCCAGAAUAUGGAUACAGUUUCAGAAUCACAGAGAAGAGUGAUGUAUACAGCUAUGGUGUAGUUCUUCUGGAAGUGUUAACAGGGAAAGAACCGAUUGAUAACAGGAUUCCUGAAGGUGCCCAUAUUGUCACCUGGGUUAACAAGGAACUCCGAGAAAGAAAAAGAGAAUUCGCAACAAUUAUAGACCCGCAGCUUCUUCUUCGAUCAGGCACUCAACUUCAAGAAAUACUUCAGGUGCUUGGGGUGGCCCUCCUCUGUGUGAACCCUUCCCCAGACGAACGACCUACGAUGAAAGACGUAACAGCAAUGCUGAAGGAGAUCAGACAUCAAAAUGAAGAUUAUGAAAAACCACAUUGCAACAGCAAAGCAGUAUCCAUCAAUCCAAAAGCACCAGUUCACUCUUCUAGUUUCUCCAGAUCAUCUGAACCUCUAAUUAGAUCACCUUCCUGAAUGUGGAAUUACUGCACACUAGUUCAUUGAUUAUUUUUCAAGCAACAAAAUAAUUUGUAUAGAUUGAUAUAUGUUGUAGUAGUAGGACUUAAGAUUCUGUUUCUUCUAUACUAAUUAAAGUUUGGUUUCAUACA